AUGGUCCGUGACGCGGAGUCAUCCUCGUCCUAUCCACCCAUCUCCAACCGCCGUCCUGGCCGCCCUCGAGCCCGAGGUUGGGAUACGCCGCCGCCCCCAGCACCUCGCGCCCGUCCUCCGGCAGCGCCAGCGAGACGGCGUGCUGCCCGCCCGCGAGGAACGUCGCCGUCCCGUCCACCGGGUCCAUGGCCCAGAAGCGCCCUCGCGGCCCCCCGCGUCGAUGAGCGCGAGCAUCUCGUCCACGCUCGCCGCCGCCGCCGCCGCCGAGGAGUAGACCGCGUACACGGCGUCCCUGAGGCCCGCGUCUCCGCGCAGCGGCCCCGAGUCCACCUCGCCGACGAACGAGUUGUCCGGACCCUCGGCGCGCAGGAUGCCGGUGAGGAGCGCCUGGGCGGCAAAGUCGGCGACGGUGACGGGCGACGAGGCCGCCUUGGAGACGGCCGCGGCCGACGAGAGGACUCGACUCCCUUGGUGAGUCUGGCGGCCCUGACGACGGCGGACUGGGCGACGCGCAGCUCCCUGUCCCACGGGGGCGGCAUUUGCACCUCGGUGAUGACACACUCACUCGCUCGCUCACUCACUCCUUUCAUCUCCGCCACGCAACUCUCCCUGCGUCGCCGACAUGAACAAGUGAACCCUCUUCCGCCUCCACAAAACACAUUCAUGCCGCACAGUGUCGCUCUCAUACAUGGCAUCCCCGCCGAAAACAAAAUGGCUUGUAUUGCACAUAAUCUAAAGACGACAGACAUGGGCCGCCGCCCGUCCAUGCUUGACAUCCUUCCUCACCCGAAGCCUGACAUCAAGGGGUAUUCUAUGGUAAUACUGUAUAACAAGUGGGACGCAUCCCUUUUCCUUCAGUUACUCUCCCUGGUGCCCACUGCCCACGCUGCUGCCGCCUGA